UGACAGCUAUUCACGAAAGCGGUUUAGGAAAAUUCCGAAGCAGCGCUGCGUAGAGAAGCGCCUCCCUCUGCGCUCUUAUCGUACACGGCGCUAAUCAGAGGCCGAGCCGAGCCGUCUGCUGAAAGGAUCAAACCCAAAACAAGGCUUCUACUUUUCACCUUAUCGUUUGCAAACAAGCGCCACUUUUUAAAGGAAUUCACCCUUAAGGCACCAGCUCAGCAUGGACAGCCAAACGUGGUAGGGUCUUUGUGACUUGAGGUGUGGCAGCGAGGCUGCUCCCUGAUUCCCCCUGGUGCUCCCCUGCCCCCCGCCCUCCUGGACAGCCCCGAAAUGACCACAGGGGAGUGUUGCCACCUCCCAGGCUCCCUGUGCGACUGCACUGGCAAUGCUGCCCUGUCCAAAACCGUGGAGGAGGCUGACAACCGCCGGGCCCAGUACGUCACCCAGGUCACGACCAAAGACGGACGUCUACUAUCUACUGUUAUCAAAGCCCUGGGCACCCAGAGCGAUCGGCCGAUUUGUCGGAUCUGCCACGAGGGUCAAGACGUGUGCAAUAGUGAGGGGCUUCUCUCCCCGUGCGACUGCACCGGCACAUUGGGCACGGUCCACAAGAGCUGCCUGGAGAAGUGGCUGUCGUCCUCUAACACCAGCUACUGUGAGCUGUGCCACACUGAGUUUACCAUAGAGCGCCGGCCCCGGCCCCUCACAGAGGUAACAAAGUGGCUCAGGGACCCGGGCCCCCGGAAUGAGAAGCGCACCCUCUUCUGUGACAUGGUGUGCUUCCUGUUUAUAACCCCCCUGGCAGCCAUCUCAGGCUGGCUGUGUCUACGGGGUGCACAGGACCACCUGCACUUCAACAGUCGCCUGGAGGCAGUCGGCCUCAUCGCUCUGACCAUCGCUCUCUUCACCAUCUACGUCCUCUGGACACUGGUCUCAUUCCGCUACCACUGUCAGUUGUACUCGGAGUGGAGACGAACCAAUCAGAAAGUCCGCUUGCUCAUUCCUGACACCAAGGGUGCACACUCUACCCAGCAUUCCUUGCUUUCCACAAAGCUGCUGAAAAAGACGGCAGACGAGACCAUAGUAUGAGAGAUGUGGUGUGGGGCCCGAUCGCGGUGGUAUUAGCGUGCUACAGGUUCUUGACACAGCAUCGUCAACUAGAGCCGCGCCAUUUUGGAUGCAUUCUUUUCUAUUUAAACCUUUUUAUCUAAAUAUGUGAGCACUUCAUUUGUUAGAUUUUUUUCACAAGUCUCUUUUAUUGUUUUUUUUGAGCCUUUAUAAGUGUUGUUUUAUUUAUUUGGGGCUUGUACAGCCAGGCAGAGGCCCCAUACUGUUCAGUAUGCAUUGUAUUUGAAACAAUCGGAAAUCUAACUUAUGUGUAUAGACGAUUCCUUUGAGCACAGCGGCGAGGGGUUAUGACUCAAGUACGUAUGGCUGCUGAAGCUUAAAACCAAACCUUUCUUUCAUUUUCAAUGUAUCGUUUUUCUACUCAUCUACCUUCAAGUACUUUCCAUCUUAACCCGACAGAGUUCCGCCUAAGCGAACUUAGUCCUUGUGGCUCCUAAACGAUUUAGUCAAUAUAUAAAUGUAUACACACUUAGUGAAACAAGUAAGCUCUAAGCUUCGAUCGACAUGGGUAUUACAGGGCCAUUUGCCCGGGCAAUGAAUGUGGAGGCUGAUGUAUAUCUGCAGACGCUCAAACUCAUCCGGAGGUUGGCGAAAAAAAGACGCUGCAAUAACACGCUGCCAUUGGCAUGAUUCUGCUGUGAACACACGCAGGUUUUCAUGCAUGCCUAGUUCAUUUCGUAAAUCUCAUCAAAUUGGUGACUGUUCGUGAGUUUCAAUUUUGUAUACAGAUCAAAGGCUGUUUUUCCGAACCGAAUGGUCUCCGAACAACGUAAAACAGCAUGCGGUGGUUUUAAAGUCGUAGCACUUUCUGACAAACGUAGCCUAGAUGUGAGCUGAACAAAUGUAGAUAUGUGUACGCUUUUGGGAUGCAAAUAUGUGGCGACUUUAUAUGUUGUUGUUGAGUUGUGAUAAGUGCAGAUUCAAACACCUCUACAGUUCAUUAUUCAGUCAUUUUCAGAAUCCGUUUUUCCUUCAUUUUUUUUUAGGUGAGUGUUGAAUAUGUAUGUGUGUUUACGGUAUGCAUUUUGUAAGCUCUGGCUCUUUGUGCUGUUUAGUUAGCAUCAAAAGCCUGAGGUUGAGGAUGGCAUACUUGGAGUUUUGUAGCAGUUUACUUUGUGAAAAACGCAGGUCAAGCCACAGAGGAAGAAGUAAUUGUAAAGAUAAACAUCAUUUGCCAGACCAGUAACGAAACCGUUCAUGAAUGACACUACAGUAUUUAAGCAAAGGUGUUUUUUAACUGUGAGUCAUAUAUUGGUGCAAGAAAAUUCUGCAGAACACCAACCAUCAGAUCUUUUCGAACCCUACAGUUAUGUGCCGUCUGAAAGUGUGGGAAUGGGCUAGGCAGUAUCGUAAUAAUUGCACAUUUGCCACUCUUAAUGUGGACCCUCUUGCGCCUUAUGCACUCGCUGUGGAAAAUCUAGGUCUAGGAAAGAUUUGCGCAAAAGUUUGGCGGUAAAGUUCUCUGAGGGCAUUGUUCACCUGAUGAUGAAAAUGUUGUUAUUUAUUCACCCUAAUGUCACUUCAAAUUUUACUGCUGUUAUUUUAAUCAUAGAACAAUUUUGGUGAAUCAUUUCUGUAACGCGUACAAUGAUAAUUUGUAGUGACCUUAUCUGUCAAGCUUCAAGAUUGCAAUGAAAGCGGUUCAUAUGAAAUGUGCCCUUUUACAAGUUCAUACAAUAGUUUUGUGCAAGAACCAGAAAGAAAUAAAAGUGGUAAUCUUCUCCAAAACUCUAAAAUCCCACUUAUGUUCAGAUUCUGUAAUGAUUGAUGGCCACGCAUUGUUUAUUUUUGAAAGACUAAGUGAAUCGGCACUUAAAAUUUGGCUUUGUAUGAGUUCAGUUGGAAUAUAGGGCGCAAGCCGUAUAGACCACAUGGACUUUUUUUUUACUUUCUAGAAAAGAUAUUUGUGAAAAUUCUUCCGAUCUUAAUGGAAGCUUGGUUUCAGAAUGGGAUUCAAAAAUAAAAAUA